AUGGGUUUUGAAUGCACCUUUUUUCAACCCCAGAAGAAACGGGGUCCAACUGGACAUCGUGUAUCGCAGAUCCGGCAGCAACAAACCCAUGUGUUGAGCAAAAAUUCCCCGACUCCACAGAGUCAAGUCAACUCUAGCGCCUUUCCUACCACUUUCCCUUAUCAAGCAGAGCCUCCCCCGCGAGAAGAAAGUCGACAUGAUGCGACACCAUGGCCUAUUCCUGGUGGCGAUGUUUCCGUGCCCGUCGACCUUGCGCAAUCCCAUGCGACGGCGGCGGUUGCUCCUGGCUGGGGUGUAGAUGCUUCGUCCAUGGCAUCUCAUAGUAACAGUGCGAUAGGCUGGAAUGAGAGAAGCGAUGUGGAGUAUUGGUUGCCGGAUAAUUUAGAUGCUCAAAUGCCCAUCUUUGAUUUCCCGGGCACUAAUAUCUACCUAAGGACAUCUCUGCCCUCUAUCAUUCAGAACGAUGCGGACUCCUCGAGUCUGCAAGCACAGGGUCUAGAAUCACAUAAUAUCCCAGCUCCCGUGCCUGAUGUGGAUGUUACCAAGCCAGAACCAAGUCACACAAGAGCUUUAUGGCCCUCGUCGAUCGUGGAGGCCAACAUGAUUCCAUGGAUUGACGUCUAUUUUGAUCGCCUGCACCCGACUUUGCCAGUGCUAAAUCGGUCUUCGUUGUUCAUCCGGAUGUUAUCCCAUGAACAUCGGAAAAAUCCUCAGUUUGGCUCAAUGUUGCUGUCGCUGUGCGCUUUCUCGCUGACCCAGCCUAUUGAGAUAGAUGAGCGACCCACUUCUCAAUCUCGAGCUGGCCAGGCCAGGUUAAUGAUGACCGAAGCUACAAGAAUGAGAAGCUGCUCUGAUUUUGGCGAAAACCCAACUAUCGAGGCCGUUCUCACAAGCUUCUUCCUAUUUGGAUGUCUUUUUGGUAGUAAUCAGCACAACGCAGCAUGGCUUCGUCUACGGGAGGCUUUAGAUCUCGCCGCUACAUUGGGGUUGAACGACCCAAAUUCUUAUCGCGAUUUACCUAGUGACGAAAAGGGCCAGCGUUUGCGAACUUACUUGGUCUUAUCUAUUACGGAGAGACACCCGAUUACCUUUUGGGGAAAGCCUGGCUUUAGCAUGCGCUCUGUGCAUGAUUUUAUUCAUAAUGCCACGCAUAGUCUUGUUUCCGGGAUCAUAGUUCAUAAUGAGAAAGAUGCUGAAGGAAUGAUGGGCCUAGCCCGUUUAAUGGAGCUCUUUGAUGCUGUCGAUGAGGAUGUCGUCGAUUGCUGGAACCGGCGGUGCAGCAUCGACUCUGGUUAUUGUGAAAAGCUGACUGAGGCGAAAGCUUUGGCUAUCCACCAAAACCUUAGUCGAGUUAGCGAGUCUGAGCGAUAUAAGGGAUAUGACUGGUUUGAGCGCACAAAAUCAGCUUCUGGAGAGACUCGCAACACCCAGCCAGCAAUGGGGUUGAGAGAGACACAGUGUGCGGAUGUUUUUAUCACCAAGAAGUGGCUUCAGAAUCGCGUAUGGGUCCUAUGCUCCACUCAUGGUCUACUUAAGCCUUCGUCCGACCACCAUGAACUCUGUUUCAACUACUGUGUUUCUGUCGCAAAGGAUACACUCAAAAUCUGUCAGUCAUUGAGACUGAGCUCCAUGGAAGCACAUGGGAUAGGUCUUGUUGAAAAAUUGUACGACAUCGCUGUCAGUGCCAUCAGCGUAUCGGCUAAUGUCCAGCUAUCUCUGGGAAAUGGUUUCGCUCUGGUACCACCCGUAGCCGAAUCGAUGCCAAAGUCAAGCGUCUCGCCACCAAGUUUUCCAGGAUCCAUGCACUCAAGUGCUGCUACCACGCUUCCUCAGUCCUUGGCGGAGGAUUUUUUACUUUUGCUCAAUAGCCUGCGCGGUGGGAACCACCCUUAUCUGGAAAGAUAUAAGGCCUUCUUGAGCUCCUCGAACAUCAGGAGCAACACUUAUAGUAACUGGUCUUCAGAAGUUCAAACAACGCAUACUCCUAGCGGUGUUUGA